AGCGAGGGAACUGUUUCAGUAACAGCGAGUGUAAGUAGUUCAAUGGCCACAUAUUCCAACUCGACCUGGAACGAAAUUGUUAAAGAACACAAUAAGAAACUUCUGUUUAGUCUAAAGCCAGGAGAUAUCGUCAAGUUUAACCGGGGAGUGUAUUUUCACUUCGCUCUUUACAUCGGUAAAGGUAAGGUGAUCCACCUGACGGCUCCAGACAACUGUCCAGGUGUGUCCGGCAGCAUCCACCCACGUCACGUGGCAUCUCUGGCCAGUGUUCCAGUGGACAAGGCUCUGGUCGCAGAGGAAGAUUUUUUUGAAGUGGCAGACGGCAACAAAGCUUGCAAGGCCAACAAAGAUGAGUGGCCCAGUUUUGAUCUGAAGACAGUUCUGAGAAAAGCUAAGCAGAGUCUGGGAGAAACAGAAUAUAAUAUACUCACAUAUAACUGUGAACAUUUUGUUAAUGAGCUGAAGUAUGGAAAAAAACAAAGUGAUCAGGUAAACGCAGGUCUAGGUUUGACGGGCGGGCUACUGGCAACAUUGGCUGCUGUUGGUGCUGCUGUUGUCGCUGGUGUGAUGGUGUAUAACAGGCAAUCAAGAAACAGUGACUAAAAUAACAGGCAAUAUAAUAACAAACAAUCAGCAAAAACUAAACAACAUAUAUAAAUUCUCUACUUACGGUGUAAUUGUUCUGACUCGAUUCUGUUUAGAAAAGAAUAGAGUCUCGUAGAAAAAAGAAUUCCGCACCAAGUGAACGCCAAACUAAAUGUGUAUAAUGGUGCGGAAUAUUAUUAGUACUUUUAAAUUCACAUGCGUUUUUUGUGAAUAUGGAAAUAGCGUAAAUUACUACUUCUGUUCAACGGAAAUUACUCAAAAUUUGAUAGAAGGCAGAAAAUUAGAUGUUUUACUUACAUGUGAAAGUUCAUUAUCUAUCUGAAAUAGUAUUCAAGUUAUAGGCUUUUGAAAAAUUAAAAGUAGAAAAAGUACCACUUCCCGUUAUCGGAAAUCGCUCAAAAGUUGAAACGGAUCUACGACUUUUUGAUAUAAUACUUAUGUAUGAAAUUUCAUCAGCCUAGCUGUAGCGGUACUCAAGUUAUCGUGUUUACAGACACACACAAACUCACACACAUAUAUACACACACACGGACAUACGGACAAGAAUGCAAAACUAUGUAUUUCCAACUAUGGGAGGUGUAAAAUGUCGAGAUUACAAAAAUCUCGAUUAUUUUUUAACACGAUUACAAGACUUCGUAUAUACGAGAAAGUAAAAAUUGAAGUGUUUUAUUUUAAACGUAAAAUAAGAUAAUCGACAUUUUUCCCAUCCAUUUUUUUUUCAAACAAGGUGUUUUAAAUUGCUAA